AUGGCUAUCAACAUGGAGUUAAACAUGCCAUCCAACGUUAGAAAUGUGGAUACGGAACUCUUGUUCUGGAGACGGCCCGAAGACCUGAGUGUGGUCGUGGACUUUACCAAGAACAAGCCCGAGGAAGGUAUGGCAGCAAUGAAGGCCAUGGACGAGAGGCAUCCCGUUCAGGUACAAGAUAUCCGAGGACAGGAGGCUCGAUUCACCUUGGACCAGAACGGAUUCCAAUAUGUCCGCCACGAAAUACCUGGGCUUGACAACGCCGCAGACUUGACGUACAUAGAAUCAGUCAUCAUUCCUGAGAUGGAGAAAUUGGUUCAGCAAACAACUGGAGCCACCAAGACCAUCACCUUCACCCACCGAGUGCGAUGCUUCGCAGACGAUGCGAACAUGCUCGCGAAUAAUCGCGCACCUGCACACAGUGUGCAUUCCGACUUCACGCCUGCUGGCGCCCUGCGUCAACUUGAGUCGGUAGUGCGGGACGCAGACGAGCGACAGCGUCUGCUGAAGGGCCGAAUGCAAAUCAUCAAUGUUUGGCGGCCGCUGAAGACCGUCGAGAGAGACCCGCUCGCCGUGUGCGACUGGAAGAGUCUAGAUUGGCGACAAGACCGCAUCGCCAAUCGGCUGGUACUCCCCACAGGAUGGAAUGAGCUGGGCAAGUACUCGUUCAACCCGGGACAGAAAUGGUAUUAUCUGGGUAGGCAGCGGCCCCAGGAAGCGUUGAUCUUCCGGCAGUUUGACAGCCAGGCAGAUCAGGGAGGUAUGACGCUGCCUCACACGGCAUUUGUGGACCCGGAUUCGGAUAACGGUCCUGCAAGGGAGAGCAUCGAGAUCAAGAUGUUUGCCUUUCAGUAG